CAUACGGUUAUGGCUUGAGUUCUCGCGUUAAACUUUCACGUUAAGUUCUCACGUUAAACAAUAAGGCGGCGAGACGAAGCGCGAGAUUUGCUGCUUUUUUAUUUUGUUUUACGCGUCGCAUCAUUUCCGAUUGGACGCUGCGCUGUGAUACAGGGAGCAACAUCAGCACCAGCACUUCGCUAGUCAGUGUGUGUGUGUGUGUGCGCGCGCGUGUGUGUGUGUGUGUGAAAGAGGUAUAGGGAGAAAGAGAGAGCGCGCUCACGCGCACACGCAGGACUGUUGGAGUGUGUUGGAUGAUGGAGAGGAGGAACGGGAUGAUGAAGAGGAGGAACGGGAUGAUGGAGAGGAGGAACGGGAACGGGAUGAUGCGCUCGGGAUGCAUCCGGCUUUUCUGGAUCUUCAGCAUCAGCAUCAGUGCUCACGCUGCUGCUCCGUCCACCCAGAAAUGUGAUGAAGCAUUGGCCACGCCCCUUUCCCAAAGUGCCUUCAGCAGCUCAUCGGUGUUCACCACCGGAUACACUCCUGAAUACGCCAAACUGAACAGGAGAGGAGGUGCUGGAGGCUGGUCUCCUCUCGACACUGAUCAUUACCCGUGGCUGCAAGUGGACCUGGGAAGCAGGAAGCAGGUGACUGCCGUCGCCACUCAGGGUCGAUACAGCAGCUCGGACUGGACCACACGUUACCGUCUGCUCUACAGCGACACGGGCAGCAACUGGAAACCCUACCAUCAAGAUGGAAACAUCUGGGCAUUUACAGGAAACUCCAAUACGGAGAGUGUGGUGCGUUACGACCUUCAGCAUGUUAUAGUGGCUCGAUUUCUACGCUUCAUCCCUCUGGACUGGAGUGAAGAAGGUCGGAUAGGCCUGAGGAUAGAGAUCUAUGGCUGCAUGUACUGGGCCGAUGUGAUUAACUUUGACGGCCAGGGUGUGAUCUCCUACCGUUUCAAGAUGAAGAAGAUGAAGAUCCUAAAGGACGUGAUAGCACUGAAGUUUAAGACGGCUGAAAGUGAUGGGGUGAUCCUGCAUGGCGAAGGUCAGCAGGGUGAUUACAUCACGCUGGAGCUGAGGAGAGGAAAACUGGUGCUCCAGAUAAACCUCGGCAGCAACCAGUAUGGCUCCAUCCUGGGUCACACAUCGGUGAGCAGCGGUAGCCUGCUGGAUGACCAUCACUGGCACUCGGUGGUGAUCGAGCGUCACAGGAGAAACGUUAACUUCACCCUGGAUCAGAACAUGCAGCACUUUCGCACCAACGGCGAGUUUGAUCACCUCGACCUUGAUUACGAGUUAAGUUUUGGAGGGAUGCCGUACUCAGGAAAACUCAUCUCAGGAGGACGGAAAAAUUUCAAAGGCUGUAUGGAGAGCAUCAACUAUAAUGGUGAAAACAUCACAGACCUGGCUAGAAGGAAGAAAGUAGACACGUCCAGCUUUCGUAAUUUGACAUUCUCCUGUGUGGAAUCUCACACCUUUCCGGUUUCCUUCAACGCCACGAGUUUCCUGCAGCUGCCUGGUAGAACGGAGAACAACAUGGUGUCUGUGAGCUUCCAGUUUCGCACGUGGAACUCUAAUGGCCUGCUGGUGUUCAGCGCGCUGGCUGACGGUAUGCUGGAGCUCACUCUGAAAGACGGAAAAGUCACGGCGCACGUCAGCAGCCAGCAGCAGAAGAACCUGGGUGUAGACAUGACCUCAGGGUCGGGUCUGAACGAUGGAGAAUGGCACGAUGUUCGCUUCGUGGCCAAAGACUACUUUGCCAUGCUGUCUGUAGACGGAGAUGAAGCCUCCGCUGUGAAGACCAACACACCCUUUCAGAUCACCACUGGAGGAACGUACCACUUCGGAGGUUAUUUCCUGCAGACUCAGGCGUCUCCAUCGCAGCGCUCGUUUCAGGGUUGCAUGCAGCUCAUCCACGUGGACGAUCAGCUAGCCGACCUUGCGGCCGUGGAGCAGGGCAUGCUGGGAGCAUUUGAGAACGUCAGCUUGGAUACGUGUGCAAUCAUGGACAGAUGUUUGCCUAAUCUCUGUGAGCAUGGAGGAAGGUGUUCUCAGACCUGGGACAGUUUCAGCUGCUCAUGUGACGGCACUGGAUACACCGGAGCCACCUGUCACACAUCUGUCUAUGAGCAGUCAUGUGAGGCUUAUAAACACAUAGGGAAAUCUUCAGAUGUCUACUGGGUCGAUCCUGAUGGCAGCGGACCUCUAGGGCCCUUCAGAGUCAUUUGCAAAAUGACGGAGGAUAAGGUGUGGACGACGGUAUUGAACAACCUGCCUCCUCAGACAGCCGUAUCAGGUUCGAGCAGGGAAAAACGCACCGUGCUGCAGCUGAACUACAGCGCCACCGUGGAACAGAUCAGCGCCAUCACAGACGUCGCCGAGCACUGCGAGCAACACAUCACCUACACCUGCCGCUCAUCACGCCUACUCAACACUCCAGGCGGGACUCCGUACACCUGGUGGGUUGGCAGAGGGAGUGAAAAACACUUCUAUUGGGGUGGCUCUGCGCCGGGGGUCCAGAAAUGUUCCUGUGGCAUCGAGCACAACUGCAUCGACCCCAAACACCAUUGCAACUGCGACGCAGAUCAGAAACAGUGGAGAGAAGAUUCAGGGCUUCUGGUAUAUAAGGAUCACUUACCAGUGAGCGAGGUAGCGGUAGGUGACACAAAUCGACCCGGAUCAGAUGCCAAGCUCACGGUGGGACCUCUGCACUGUCAUGGAGACCGAAGUUACUGGAACGCCGCUUCCUUCAACACCCCAUCGUCCUACUUGCACUUCUCCACUUUUCGAGCUGAAACAACGGCCGAUAUCUCCUUUUACUUCAAGACCUCUGCACCUCACGGGGUUUUCCUGGAGAAUCUGGGCAGCACUGAUUUUAUCCGACUGGAGCUGAAAUCACCCAAUGUUGUUACCUUCUCCUUCGACGUGGGGAACGGACCGGUGGAGCUGAACGUUCACUCACCCGUGCCGUUAAACGACGACCAGUGGCAUCGAGUCAGCGCCGAGAGAAACGUCAAAGAGGCCGUGCUUCAGCUGGAUCAGCAACACAGACAGGUUCGAGCUGCACCUGCUCAGGGACAUACACGCCUGGAGCUCUACAGCCAGCUGUAUGUGGGAACAGCAGGAGGACAGAGAGGCUUCCUGGGAUGCAUCCGCUCCCUGAAGAUGAACGGCGUGACCCUCGACCUGGAGGAAAGAGCAGAAGUCACUCCCGGAGUGAAACCCGGAUGCUCGGGUCACUGCACCAGUUUCGGGAUGUACUGUCGCAACGGAGGGAAGUGUGUAGAGAAGUACAACGGCUACUCGUGUGACUGCAGCGACACGGCUUACGACGGACCCUUCUGCACUAAAGACGUGGGAGCUUUCUUCGAGGCAGGAACGCUGGUCCGUUAUAACCUGGUCCCGGAAGUGAGUUCUAGCAUGGACGGAAAGGAUUCGAGCCAGUCGCUGUCCACAGACUUAAACCUGACCCGAGAGGACGUGAGCUUCAGCUUCAGCACAUCCAGCACUCCCAGCAUCCUCCUGUAUGUCAGCUCGAGGAGCCAAGACUACAUGGCUGUGGUGCUGCGACGUAACGGUUCUCUCCAGCUACGAUAUAACCUUGGUGGUCUGCUCGAGCCCUUCGCUGUCGAUCUGGAUCAGCGCAAUUUGGCCAACGGACAGCCGCACAGCGUCAAUAUCACUAGAACAGAAAGAGAAAUCCAUGUCCAGCUGGACCACUACCCUUUGGUCAUUUACACCCUACCUGAAGCCUCAGACAUUCAGUUCAACUUGGUCAAAUCUCUCUUCCUAGGAAAAGUCUUUGAAACCGGCCCCAUCGACCCAGUGCUGAUAGAGAAGUAUAACACUCCUGGCUUCAUAGGCUGUCUCUCUAGAGUGCAAUUUAACAGCAUCGCUCCUCUGAAGGCAGCUCUUCGUUCUUGGCACUCUGUUUCCAUCUCGCACGAGGGUAAACUGGUCGAGUCCAACUGUGGAGCGUCGCCGCUCACUGUCUCACCGAUGUCCACUAACACUGACCCCUGGCACCUGAAUGCGGGUGCUGAUUUCCCGUUCAAUGAGGAGAGAGUUGUGCCAGACGGGGUGAACAGGAAUUCAGCAGUAAUUGGUGGCAUCAUUGCUGUGGUGAUCUUCACCAUCCUGUGCACUCUGGUGUUCCUGAUACGCUACAUGUUCCGCCACAAGGGAACGUACCACACCAACGAGUCCAAAGGAGAAGAACGAUUCGAAUCUGCUGAUACAGCCAUCAUCAGCGCAGAACCCAAUUUUACAGAGACCAUCGAAGAAAACAAGAAGGAGUGGUUCAUCUAAAGCACCUCUGAUGAAGCACAUACAAACUGUUUGAGACUCUGACUGAGGAUUGGGAACAAUUAAAACCCCCUUCCUUUGCAACGAUUUUUGUUUCUUCUCCUUUCUUUUUCUGGAUCCCUUUUUCUCUGUAUGUUUCUUUGUUCCUCUUUCUCCGUCUAUCCUCCGUCUGCCAGCAGAUCAUCGAGGCAGAUUCAGCAAGUGCUUUAUGAUGGUCUCUUCUUUUCUGGCCACACAUGAAGCUGUGUGGUCGUAAAGGAGCUGAUGGAUGAGACUGAGAACGAGGACUAGAGUGACUUGGUGGACUCUGGCCUGGCUUUCUGUAGUUUCUGUGCUCAAGAGAAGAAUACAAAGACCAAGUCAUGGAAGGGUGAUAAAUGUAUAUCCUUUGUGCAGGAAGUGCAGAUCUCCAAAGCUCAUACUUUGGAAAUUCAGUAGUUCUGAUGACAGGGUAGCCAUGUCAAAGGCCAGGGAUUUAACAUCCAAGACCUCACAUGUAUCGCUGGUGCCUGAGUCCUUUGAAAUGGAGCCUUCAAGUUCACACUAAUCUAUCAAGAAAGAGAGAGAAUUUCUGAAAGUCUGAAGUAAAACAUGAUUAGCUAUAUUGGCCAGAUGAUGAACUUCACAGUGACAUGAUGAUGCUGUAACCCUGGCUGGUCAGAGUGUUUUGUCCCAGCACUCAUCGCAGAGUGCAGUUUCAUAAAAAAUGCUGUGCAUUUGUUAAACACAAUAACUUUACAAUAUGGUUCUUUUGUGUUCUUUUGUAAUUAGCAUGUACAAGGCUAUAAUGGUACAGGUAUGCAAUGGUAUGAUGAUGUACUCUAUGUCUAUAAUUAUUGUAUUGGUCCAGACUGUAAUUUGUAGACAAUUCUUGCUGUUCAUUUCAAUAAACCCACAAUUAAAAUGGCUUACUUGGAUCCAGACUUGUUUAGCAGCACCUGCUGAACAAAAACCAGAGAAUGCAAGAUGUUCAGUCUAACCAUAUU